GCAAGAACACCUGAAAGCACAUAGGGUUGCAAUAUUCUUGUUAUGAAAUCACGAAGCCAACGACCGAGGUGCUCCGAGCAUGCUUGCUUGAAUUCCCAUUGAAUCGCGCCAAUUGAUUAGAGGAGUUGUGACCAACGGCAGGCAUGGUCAGCUCGUCGUGAUGCCUUCAGCAUCCAGUAUGAGAGCCCAAAUGUCUCAGUUGCGUUUCUCUGUUCAGUCCCGACAUCGAGAGGUGCACGAGGAUGUCUCGUACAGCAGCACUAUCAGAUGGUCCUUGGAUUGAAAGACGCCCCCUUGGCCCAGUCAUGGCGCCCACUUACUUGAACGCAGCAGAUGACUUCUUAUCCACUUUCUCGAUCUCCCUUGCGAAGUCCUUGGGUGCAUCACGGAGGUGGUUCCGUGGAGCAGCGACCCUGGUUUUCCCUGAAAAGAGCUGCGUUCGACUUGUCGACAUCUCGGGACCACUUCAAUUGACGCUCGAUAGAAGUAGCCCCCUCCGCUCCGCACAGCUCAACACAUGAAGACUACGACUCGUACAUAGGCAAGGUCUCUGUGCAGUCCGGGUUGGGUGCUGGCUGGGCGAGGUCGCUGCGUACCGGGUGGAAGUAUUAAUCCGUGUGGCCCGAGUGGAUGUGGUCCCGAUGCUUGCCAUUGUACUUAGCUUAUGCUUGGUGGAAGUUCUUAGUCGGAGACGGACACGGCUAGGUAGUUCUGGUACUAUCUCGGUUGUCGACUUUAUACCACUCCAGAUGUGCGUGGAUUAUGUAGCUGGAGGCGAUGUUGUUGCGCGAGGGAGAACCUUGAAGAUUUCCCGAGUUCCGUGCCAAGCCUCGUCCUCAUCUCAUUUCGCGUCAUUCUCGCGUUUGUCGCUAUCCUUCUCUUUCUUUCUCUCUACAACUCACUCUUCGACACAACAUCACCAC